ACAAAUAAGAAGGAAAAUAAAAAAUAAAGAAAAACAUGUCUUCUUGAUUGAUUUCUUUGUUCUUGGCAGUUCAUCUUGUUGCGCUGAAGGUUUUCUUGCAAGGAGAAAUGUAUUACGGUUUAAAAUGUUGGCAGUUGGCAGAUCUGCCUUCUCCUCCUGUAUGGACUGCUCUAAAAUGGAUCUCUGACGAUGAUGAUUUUAAGCCUCUGGAAGUCCUGCAUACGAAGAAAUGUGAGGAGUUGGCAGAUAUGCCCCUUGCUUCUUUUGCAGAUUUCGACAGGUUACCGAAGCUCUGGGAUAAUACGGAAAAGGAUAAUGAGAAUUUGCAUUGGGAACUUACCGAAAACGCCGAAACUUGCUUGGAUUGGUUCAAUCUGGAUUUGCUGUCAUUGAGAAAAUAUGAGACGUUGUUUCGUCCGCUUCCUGUAUUUGUAGUUCCAGACCAGUUAUCGAAGCUCCGUCCUUUGCCUUUCCCUACUUUCCUCAAAAGCAAUCCAGAAAAGGAUGAUGAGAAUUUGCCUAUGGAAGUUUCCAAAAAUGGGGUUGACACCAAAACUCGCAUGGAUAGGUUCAAUCUGGCUUUCCUGUCAUUGAGAAAAUAUGGGACGUUGUUUCGUCGGCGUCCUGUAUUUGUAGUUCCAGACCAGUUAUCGAAGCUCCGUCCUUUGCCUUUCCCUACUUUCCUCAAAAGCAAUCCAGAAAAGGAUGAUGAGAAUUUGCCUAUGGAAGUUUCCAAAAAUGGGGUUGACACCAAAACUCGCAUGGAUAGGUUCAAUCUGGCUUUCCUGUCAUUGAGAAAAUAUGGGACGUUGUUUCGUCGGCGUCCUGUAUUUGUAGUUCCAGACCAGUUAUCGAAGCUCCGUCCUUUGCCUUUCCCUACUUUCCUCAAAAGCAAUCCAGAAAAGGAUGAUGAGAAUUUGCCUAUGGAAGUUUCCAAAAAUGGGGUUGACACCAAAACUCGCAUGCGUAGUAUUUUGGCGAACUUUGAACGGAAAAAUUGUGAUGCUGAGGUUGCUUUGAUCAGAAUGGCAUCGAAUACACUACUAAAAGAUAAGAAAAUUGAAGUUCCAGAGUCGCUUCUGGGAAAAAUAGAAAUUGCUGGAGCUUUAACAGGCAAAGACAUUCUUGAACAGAAAAAUGAUGGGAGCAACGUUGGAAUUCAGAUUGUAGUUGGGAAGCAGGAUCACGAGCCAUCCCCUCCAGAGUCUACUGGCAACUCUAAGUUCCAAAACGGAAGCGCCCAUUUGCUGUUAAUUGUAUCAACUGUGUUAGCAGCAGUGACCCUUCUCGGAGCAUUUCAGCCACCAGGAGCAUAUCAGCCACCAAGCUUUCCUCGAGUCAAAGACCUAAGCAAUAAUCCCAGCAGAAUGAUGCGUUUGUUCCUGUUCUUUAACUCCAUCGUCUUUUUCACCUCAAUGGCCUUGAUCACAUUCCUUUUGCACAAUCUUCCAAUCCUUCCAUGGCUACUAAUCUCAGUAUCUUCUACAAUUGGGGCUUACAUGUGUGCGAUUAUAGCCAACUCUCCUCCUGACGUUGUGCCAGUACUCUUGAUUGGAACUUCCAUCUUUCUAGCUGCUUUCUUGCAUUGCGUGGCUCCGCAGCGCAAGUCAUUUAAUAAUCUCCAGUGGGUUUGCUCCAGAAUCCACAUAACAUAGAAAUCCAUUGCCAUAUCUGCACAAGCUGCAUGUGCAUGCUAAUAAACGUUAAUUAAAAGAAAUAAAACAAGAGUGACUCUAAGUCAGAGCAGUGUGUUUUGGCUUGUUCACUGUUGUUGGUAAGCUUGUCAUGCUUUUCAAUUUUAUUAUGUUUUCUGUUUAUUUCCAUGUAAAACUCAUAAUGCCCAUAUGCCAUGGGUAAUUAUCAAUAAAUAAUGGAACUGCUGCUGUUUUCAGACAA